GCGGGAGCUGUGUUGUUGUGUCUCACAGAGGAAAUAAUUCAUCUCCCACAGCAACAAUGACUUCAAUUGAGGCUUUGAGAGAGUUUAUCAACGAGCGACUAUCUGCUGCUGCUGGAGAAAUAUUCAGCGUGUUUGAGCAAACCAUCGUCGAGUACGAGGAGGAGAUUUGUCGCCAGAACAAACUGCUGGAAAUGUUGAAACCGCAAAUCAAGUUACGGAGAACCGAGCUCCCACAGCACCAUGGCUGCAGGGAGGAUCAGCGCUUUGAACAGGAAACAAACUACUGUCUGGAUCACGGAGGAAGAGAACCGUCCCAGAACAAAGAGGAACAAGAAGGACCAGGCCUUCCAAAAUUUAAAGAGGAGCAGGAGGAACCAGAACCUCCACAGAUCAAAGUGGAAGAAGAAGAACCAGGACUCCUACAGUGUAAAGAGGAGCAGGAGGAACCAGAACCUCCACAGAUCGGGGAGCAGGAGGGAUUUGGUAGCAGCCAAGACGGAGAGCAGCUGAUCGAGAAGUUUGAAAGUGAUUCCUUCAGGGAACCUUCUAAUGAGGAGGAUCAACGUUACCUGAGUGAAUCAGAAGAACUUCUGGACUCUGAGCAGCUCUUCUCUGAUGACUCUGAAGUCCACGAUGUGAAUGAACAUGUUGAAUCAGAAUCAGCUACAAAUGCAGAGCUGAAAACAGUCAGUAUGUUUCAUCGUGACCGUGUGGAACAGUUUCUGGUUUCAGAGCAGCUGGCUGGACAAGAGGAGAUGCUUUGUGAUGAAACUGUCUGUAAAAAAUGUAAAUUGAGUCAGAACUCAGGAUCGGUCUCUGGUAAUAAGACGGUUAUUUGUUUAACCUGUGGCAAAAGUUUCAAUCAACAGGGUCAUUUGACAGACCACAUGAGAACUCACACUGGUGAGAAGCCGUAUUCUUGUGAAACGUGUGGGAAACAUUUCAGUCGGCAGGGCAAUUUGUAUCGCCACAUGAAUACUCACACAGGUGAGAAGUCGUAUUGUUGUGAAACAUGUGAGAAAUGUUUCAGUGAUCCCAGUUCAUUGAGUCGCCACAGGAAAACUCACAGAUGAAGUCUCAACACUCUGUGAUUUUGUGCUCAAGCUGAACUUCCUCCCAAAGUAUCGUCCCGUUCAGUGGAAACAUGAAUGGGCUAAACUCUGCUGAAAUGUUGCUUUAGGAAUAUUUGAAAUGAGAAGAGUUCAUUAAAUUUGUUUGUUGUUUAAUGAAUCCUGAAGAGGGACAUUUCAUUUAUUUUUCACAUUGACUGCUAUUUUCUACUUGGAAAAGUUAUGUUAAAAGUCUUGAGUGGAUUUGACCUGUGAAGAAAUGGAAAUGAAAUAUAUCUGAUUUAUGUUUUGUUGUUGUUUAUUUUAGUGAUGCACCGAAAAUUCGGCCACCGAAAAUUUUCGGCCGAAAAUGACUCAAAAGUGUAUUUUCGGCUUUCGGCCGAAAGAAAAAAAAUCACCGAAACAACACGGCCGAAAAAAAUGGUGAUGACGUGGCGGUAAUGCUAAAGCAAACCUUUUAAUGCCUCAUGUCUGCUGUAUUAAUGCCUCAAAUCAGGUUUUAAACUUUUUACAGUGCGCAUUUGCGCAGCGUCACCUCUCACACUCCGCGCACUCAUUUCCCUGACAAAUACACCAACACACACAAAAUUGAUGUAUUACUGACCGUCAGUAAUAAUCAAGAACAUAUUAAAAUUAGUAAAAUAAGUCUCCCCGGCUGCGCACCAGGACGGACACCUUCCCACACGGUCCAUCCUCACCCUGCUCAUUUGA